AUGGAGCCUUUAUCGUUAGGUUGGCGUCCACUUGUUCGUUCAUGGAUGAAUCGUUUACCAACAUCACUAUCAGCUGAUGACACUAAAGACAUGAUCAAUUCCUUUUUUGAAUGGGCUUUGGAUCCAUGCUUGGAAUUUAUCCAAACGAAUUGUCGUACAUUAGUGGUUACACGUCAGGGUAAUUUAAUUGCAUCGUGCCUAGGAUUCAUUGAUAUGCUUAUUGAAGAUGUGGCUAAUGAAGAAGAUGCCAAAGAUAAUCGUUAUUUAAAUUUAUGGCUACAAACAUCGAUUACAUUUGGUAUUGUAUGGGGUAUUGGUGGUUGUUUGGAUUAUAAUAGUCGACAAAAAUUCGAUCAGUUCUUACGAAAUUUAUUGACUGGUGCAAAUAAAACGUAUCCAUUACCAAAAGAAUUAGGUCAGAAACUUGAUUUCCCAUUCCCAGAAUCUGGUCUUGUCUAUGAUUAUUAUUAUGAAAUGAAGAGUCACGGAUCCUGGAGACACUGGAAUGAAAAGAAUAAAGGUGAUGACAAGUUUACUGGUAGAAAAAUACGUGAAAUUAUCGUACCGACUAUGGAUACAGCGCGUUAUAAAUUUAUUGUUGAUUUAUGCGUUAAUAAACAUCGUCCACUUUUGUUCGUUGGUCCGACCGGAACUGGGAAAUCAGUUUAUGUUCAAGAAAAGUUGAUGCGAGAAAUUGAUAAAGAUAAAUAUGUCGCCUACUUUAUCAAUUUUUCUGCUCAGACAAGUGCAAAUCAAACUCAGUUUAUUGUCAUGUCAAAACUUGAUCGACGACGUAAAGGUGUCUACGGUCCCCCAAUCGGUAAAACAGCUGUUUUAUUUGUUGAUGAUUUAAAUAUGCCAGCGAAAGAAAUUUAUGGAGCUCAACCUCCGAUUGAACUGCUACGAAUGCUCAUUGAUCAUGGUUAUUGGUAUGAUUUAAAGGAUACUACAAAACUGACAUUACAAGAUAUUGAUUUAAUUGGAGCAAUGGGGCCACCAGGAGGUGGACGUAAUGAUGUGACACUACGUUUUAUGCGGCAUUUUCAUGUGAUCAGUAUGACAGCAUUCAAUGACGAAACUAUGACAAGAAUAUUCUCAACACUGAUGAAUAUUUACAUACGUUCACAAGAAUUCAGUUCUGAGUAUAUAACAGUCGGUCAAAUAAUUGUAUCGUCAACGUUAGAAGUUUACAAAGCUGCAAUUGAAAAUCUGUUGCCUACACCGGCUAAAUCUCAUUACUUAUUCAAUUUGCGUGAUUUUAGUCGUGUUAUCUUAGGCAUUUGUUUGUUACAAAAAGAUCGAGUUGAAAGUAAACAAACCUUUUCACGUUUAUGGGUGCAUGAAGUGAUGAGAGUGUUUUAUGAUCGUUUAACAGAUGAUGCAGAUAGAACAUGGUUAUACGAAUUUAUUAAACAUUGUUUGCAAGAUAAUUUUAAAGAGAAAUUCGAUCAACUCUUUGCUCAUUUGGUUUCGAAUGCAAAUGAAGCAAUUACUGAAACACACUUGAGAAGUUAUUUAAUGUUUGGUGAUUAUAUGGACCCUGAAUCAUUGCCAGAAGAACGUGUCUAUGAAGAAAUUAAAGAUAUCCAAGCAAUGUAUCCUGUUGUGGAACAUUGUUUAGAAGACUACAAUAAUGCUAAUAAAAAGAAAAUGUCCUUGGUCAUUUUUAGAUAUGUGUUAGAGCAUUUGUCAAAAAUUUGUCGGAUUCUUCGAGUUCCUGGAGGUCAUGCUCUACUUGUUGGCGUCGGCGGUUCCGGUCGUCAAUCACUAACUAGAUUGGCAUCAGCUAUGGCAGGUUAUACAGUAUUUCAACCUGAAAUAUCUAAAAAUUAUGGUAAAAAUGAAUGGCGUGAAGAUAUAAAAACAUUAUUACGACGGGCUGGAGCGGAGGGUAAAACCACUGUCUUUUUGAUGACUGACAGUCAAAUUAAAGAAGAAACUUUCUUAGAAGAUGUAGAUAGUUUACUGAAUUCUGGUGAAGUUCCAAAUCUUUACAGUUCUGAAGAAAAAGGUGAACUAAUGGAUAUCAUCCAGAAUUCUAUGGCGUCAUCAGGUGGAAGCAGUAAAUCAGUUGAUCUAUCGCCGUUAGCACUGUAUGCUUUAUUUGUGGAUAGAUGUCGUGAAAAAUUACACAUAGUUAUGGCUUUUUCACCUAUAGGCGAAUCAUUUAGAAAUCGUUUAAGACAAUUCCCUGCCUUAAUAAACUGUUGCACCAUUGAUUGGUUCCAGCCGUGGCCUGAAGAUGGUUUAAUUAAAGUUGCCAAUAAAGCACUUCAAAAUUUGGAUAUGGAAGAUCAUGUUCGUCAAUCCACUGUAGAUUUAUUCAAAUAUUUUCAUACUUCUAUUACACCAUUAGCUGAGAAAUUUCUAAUGAAUUUAGGUCGAAAAACUUAUGUUACACCAACUUCAUAUUUAGAAUUAAUUGAUAGUUUUCAAAGACUUUUAACUCAAAAACAAAAUGAAACAAACAAAGCUAGAAUGCGUUAUGUGAAUGGUCUUGAUAAAUUAGCGUUCGCUGCAGAACAAGUAGCUGAUAUGCAAACCAAACUAGAAGAACUUCAACCUCAACUUGUAUUAGCCAGUGCAGAGAAUGAAAAACUAUUAACUGUAAUAGCUACUGAAUCAGUAACCGUGGAAGAACAACGUGUUAAAGUAAAAGCUGAAGAAGAAAUUGUCAAUCAAAAAGCCGAUGCUUCUAAGGCAUUAAGUGACGAAUGUCGUGCUGAUUUAGCCGAAGCCGAGCCUGCAUUAGAAGCGGCUCUUUCUGCUUUGGACACGCUUAAACCAUCCGAUAUUACAAUUGUGAAAUCAAUGCAAAAUCCUCCACCUGGUGUUAAACUUGUCAUGGAAGGUGUCUGUGUUAUGCGUGAUAUUAAACCAGAUAAAAUAAUGCAACGUAUACGAAAAGAUUUCAUGACAAAUCCUGAAUUUGAUCCAGCUAAAGUAGCUCGUGCUAGUUCAGCUGCUGAAGGCUUAUGUAAAUGGAUAUUAGCCAUGGAACAAUAUGAUCGUGUCGCUAAAAUUGUGGCACCGAAGCGUAUUAAAUUAGCUGAAGCCGAAGCAGAAUUAGCAGAGAAUAUGGCCUGUUUAAAAAAGACACAAGAAGCACUAGCUGAAGUUGAAGCAAAAUUAGAAAAUUUACAAAACCAACUGAUCGCUACCCAGGAAGAGAAAAAACGCCUCGAAGAUGAAGUGGAGAAUUGUGCAACUAAAUUAGAAAGAGCUACAAAACCAGAUCUUGAAGAAGCUCGUCAAGAAUUAAUCAUUACAACGGCGAAUAAUAAACGUAUGCUUAAAGAAACAGAAGAUAGAAUUUUAGCUACUUUAUCAGAAUCCGAAGGAAAUAUUUUAGAGAAUGAAUCUGCCAUUCAAAUACUUGAUUCAUCUAAAAUAAUUUCAGAUGACAUUUUGAAAAAGCAAAAAGUUGCUGAAGAAACCCAAAAGAAAAUUGACGGCGCACGAAUGGAUUAUUCAUCUAUUGCUAAACAUUCUGCUAUACUCUUCUUUUCAUUAACAGAUCUACCUAAUAUUGAUCCAAUGUAUCAAUAUUCAUUAACAUGGUUUGUAAAUCUCUACAUUAAUUCAAUUCAUGAUAGGUGA